UUAACGAGCUGAGCGCGAGCCCCAUGGUUGGUCUCUGCAGCAGCACCGAUAAGCCUCACUGAGUCCGCUGUUGGAAGUACAGGCGAGAGGACAAGAAGACAGGAAGAGGACAGGAAGAGGACAGGAAAAGGACAGAAACAGACGGAGGGAUGUCUCAAGAGCAGAAGGCCGUGGAGCGUGCCAGGAAAGCCUUUCAAACCGGCCGCACCAAACCGCUAGAGUACCGCAUCACCCAGCUGAAGAACCUCCAGCGCCUUUUUGUGGAGAGGCAGAAGGAAAUCGCAGAUGCUCUCAAGAAGGACCUCAACAAGAGUGAGUUCGGCACUCCGCUCUACGAGACCCUGGGUCUGGAGGGAGAGAUCAACAUGGCCAUCAGCAAGCUAGCUGAGUGGGCCAUGCCAAGGCCUGUGACUAAAAACCUGCUGACCAUAUCAGAUCAGGUCUACAUUCAACCUGAGCCACUGGGAGUGGUGCUCAUUAUCGGGGCCUGGAAUUACCCCUGGGCCGUCACCAUCCAACCACUGAUCGGAGCCAUCGCUGCAGGUAAUGCUGUUGUCAUUAAGCCAUCAGAAGUGUGUGUCCACACCUCCAAAGUGAUGGAGAAUCUUCUGCCAUUGUACAUCGACAAGGAGAUGUUUCCGGUGGUUACCGGUGGAGUAGCAGAGACUCAGGAGCUGCUGAAGCAGAGAUUCGAUCACAUCUUCUACACCGGUAACUGCGCGGUGGGCAAACUGAUCAUGGAGGCAGGCGCUAAACACUUGACCCCUGUUACUCUGGAGCUGGGUGGAAAGAGUCCUUGCUACAUCGAUAAGAACUGCGACAUUUCCAUUGCCUGUCGACGUAUUGCUUGGGGAAAGUACACAAACUGUGGUCAAACCUGCAUCGCACCUGAUUACAUUCUCUGUGACCCGAGCAUCCAGGACAGAGUUAUAGAAGAGAUAAAGAAGAACGUAAAGGACUUCUACACAGAAGAUCCCAAAAGCUGCACGGACUACGGACGCAUCAUCAACCAGCGCCAUUUCAAGAGAGUGAUGGCGUUGAUGGAGGACAGCGUUGUGGCUAUAGGAGGAGAAAAUAAUGAAUCCGAGUGCUACAUCGCUCCAACGGUUUUGAGAGACGUGAAGCCCGAGGCAAAGGUCAUGCAGGAAGAGAUCUUUGGACCCCUUCUGCCUAUCCUGAGUGUUGGCAGUGUGGACGAGGCUAUCGACUUUAUCAACCAGAGAGAGAAACCUCUGGCCCUCUAUGUCUUCAGCUCAGACAACAAGCUCAUCAAGCGUAUGAUCUCAGAGACAUCCAGCGGAGGCGUCUUGGCCAAUGACUGCUUGGUCCACUUCUCCGUCAGCUCUCUGCCGUUCGGUGGUGUUGGCAACAGCGGGAUGGGCUGCUACCACGGCAAGUUUACCUUUGAUCAGCUGAGUCACCUGCGAGGCUGCCUCAUCAAGCAGCUGAAGAUGGAAGGAGUGAACAAUAUGCGCUACCCGCCACACACAGCCAAGAAACUGGACUGGGCUCGCUUCUUCAUUCUCAAACAGGUGGAGAUGGGCAAGCUGGCUCGCAUGGCCGUAAUGGCUCUGCUGGUCGUUGCUGCUGCCGUGAUGAUUCAGAGAUUUCUCUUUGACUGAGAGAAGACAGCUAUCGCCAUGAAUUUAUCUCUGGUUCUGAGUAAAGCAACCGGGAUGGUUUCUUAUACCGGCUGCUUCUUGCCUUAAAUCACCUCAGUGCUGCAUCUAAUGAAGGAUCCAAAUUCCAGUCUGACGUUAAUAUUAAUGCUACGCUAAUCUGUGAUGCACUCUCUUACAUCAGAUUGGCCUGACUGAAGUCUAUAGUCAUUUAUUUCAUUUUUUAUUCAGGACGAUUUUUAUGAAGGAAAAUAAAUCAUUUCACGUUUAGCACGUAGUACCGUUAGUGUGGAAACAGGGCUUUGUAACGUUCACAAGCAAUGUAUUGUGUUCUUUUCUUUGCAUGAAAAAGAUUGGAGGAAACAUCUGACAAUUAUGCUUUAGAGUUAGGAGAAGAAACCCAACACGGUCCAGUUAAGGUUUUUUCUUUGGUGUCUUCGAUGCCAUUAAACACUGAGGUGCAGCACCAGUGUGUGUAUGACCCAUGGAAAGCUGCUAAACCAUGAAGACAUCUUGGACAUUUAGAGCAUUAUGACAAAUACAUUUCAUAAAAACUAUUAUAAUUCAGCAUCAUGAUUGCAGGUCCUUUACCACUCAUUUCUUGAUGAUACAAAUCAUUUUUGCGGAAAUAAUUCCAGAAAUGUACCUCAGAUCCAUUAGCCAGGAGAUGUAGUCUCAAAAGUCCACAUGAAUGCACUCUGUUCUGACCUCAUGUCUAAGGAAAUGAACUAACUAUCAAGCGCUUGAGUAAUUUAACUGUACUUUAGUCCAUGAGGACUGGAACUGACUUCCAACGAAGGAUUAACUACUUUAUUGAAACACUUGAUUUCUGGUCAGUAAAAAUGUACUACUGGGUGAAAAUGCAUUAUUAAUAUUUGUGAAGAAACAUGUUAUAUCUCAUUGGUCCACCAUUUCAUUUUUUUUUUUCUCGAAUGUAAUGUCUCUGUUGAAUAUUAAUGGAAAUAAUAAGUGGAUCCAUUUAAAGAAUUCAUUUUCUUACCUGUCAAAUAAAUUCACUUUUACAGAAAUUAAA